UCUUUCGCCAUUGCAACUGCUUAAAAUAUGAACGGAAAUUCAAAUAAAUUCAAGCAAGAAAAUAAAAAGAAAUAGCUUUGUCAAAUUGUACGCAGUGCAUCACUUGUUGUACAUCCUUGGAGGUCUAUAAAACCCUACAAACAGCUCCGCAAGCGUAAAUUUCACUGAGAGAGAGAUACGCGAUUCCCAAAUUCUCUCCGUCUCCAAUCCUCUACACCUCCCCAGUCGCCGCCGUGAGCUGUCCGAGCCACCACCGCCACGAAGCCAAGCUUUCCACACGCACGGCCGCCGAAAUGCCGGACCCCUCGCCGUCGUCCUCCGCCGGCCCAAUUCGCAUCGACGGAGCCGAACAGGACGCCGCCCUUUCAAAAUCGGAGUUCCUGACCCGAUCCGAACUCAUCAAUCGGCGUUACCGGAGAGCGAAGCAGCUCGAGGGGAUUUACCGCGACCAUUAUUGGGCGUUGAUGGAAGAGCUGAAAUUGAAGUACAGGGAAUACUAUUGGGAGUAUGGGAAAAGCCCCUUCGUUGAAGAUGAGGAGAAUGAGAGGAUCAAUUCGAGCCGCGCUGAUGGCGCGCCCGGACUGGCUGCGGAUAAUGGAAAUGGAAAUGGCAAUUUGGGGGUUAAUGGUGGGAAUGGGAAUACGAUUGGGAAUGCAACCGGUAGGUGUGGUAUGAACGGCUGCAAGGCAAAGGCGAUGGCGUUAACAAUGUUUUGUCAUAUGCAUAUACUGUCUGAUUCCAAGCAGAAGCUGUACAAGGCUUGCGUUUUCGCUAUAAAGAGUUCAACUACAGGACCUAUACUAUGUGGAAAACCAAUACUCAGAUCAACAGUCCCUUCUUAUUGCUCUGUCCAUUUCCAGAAGGCUGAAAAGUAUAUGGUGCGCCUUCUCAAGAAGUCGGGCCUCAACAUCGCCUCGACGAGUAAGCUUGCUCCCAAGCUCCAUGUCCUCGUAGCUGACUGGAUCCGGAGAAUCCAACAGAAAAGGAGAGCUGCAGAGGCUAGAGCAUGUCUGGAGAAUGCAGAGAUCAUUGAGGAGGAUCACAAGCCUUGAUUCCUAUAAAUUCAUUGAUUUCUUGAUCAAGUUGAUGAAUCUGCAAAUUCUAGCUCUAGAUUUGAAGUUAGUGAAUAGUCUUAUGGCUGAGAACUAUUGAGUCAAUCUUGAUUGUUGUGUAGCUUGAGAGGUUUGGCUUUGUUAGGUUGAAAAUUCUUGUCUAUAGUAGAGGAAAAAGGCUUGCUUGUUCAAUGAAACAAUAGAGAGUCGCCGACGCCCUACGCUGCCGGAACCAUCAUAACGUGAGAAAUAAACGCUGCACGCCGGUGGGAUUGAUGGGCUAUGUGCAUACAAUUAAAACAAUAAUCUUUGAUGAAUGCCAAAUGAAUUAAUGUGGUUGAUGAUCU